UUUAUCAGUAAAAGAAAAUAUAAUUUUAUUAUCAAGGCAAUAAGGGUGCUCAAGUAUUUUGAUCAUUACUGUAAACUUUCUUGUUGCGCAUUUCUAAUAUGGAAAUUAACAGGAGUUAAAAACGGAAACAGGAAGCGUCUUACAUAAUUAAGAUUAAACAAGACUAAUAAUCAAUAGUCAAAUUAAAUUAACAAAGCUCUAAACUGAGCGCUACUUUAAAACUCAACUUCAUCAUUACAACAAAGUAAAUUAACAGUUCAAAACUUUCCUAUAGACUAACAGUUAAAUAUUUAACACCGCUUUGAUCCAUUAUUAAUCUUACAAAUGAGCGGGCGAUGCAACAAGUCUGCCGCCCGCCCGCCCGUCAGUACCGCCGCGACCAUGGCAUCGGACGGACGUACGAAGCGCUCGCAGUCGAUAUGCGCGCCGGCCUCCGCUAGCAUGGAGGCCCUCGUGGCCCCCAUGGAGACUACACCCGCGCCGCGCCGUCGCCCCGCAGCGCGCUCCCAAUCCGCCAGAAUCACAGGCGGUCGAAGUGUCAGACAUCGGCGGCAGCAACAACAGCAACAGCUGGACAGGGAGACCAGAGCACGCUACAGUUCUGAACCACGAUUAGCAGAAGCAGAAACACCCCCUCAAGUGAGAAGGCAGGCUUCGGCAAGACGUAGACCUCCGCCUGGACAUAACAGCCAACCUCGCCGCUCCAAUGCCUUCCUGGAUGUUCCUAAACCACAUCAACCGGAACAGGAGGAACCUGAUGAGGAUUCCUACCGGCUCCGCACCUUCAACAUCACGCAGAAAGGAGGUAAGAUUGGAAAAUGCAAAAGAGCUUGCUGUAGAUAUAGUGGAGAGAUGGGACUGUCCAGUUUUUUGUCACUGGGCGUCUGCAUCGUCCUGUGUACCAAGACCCCAAAUGAAAAGCUGUGAGACCUAGGUUAAGAUGUACUAACACUAGUCUGUAUAUAACUACCAAUAUAUGGGCAAACUGGCCUGAAAUAAAGAAAGAAAUUAAAUGAAUUAAAAUUAAUAAAGGUUAUAUUCGGUGUCACGCUGCACCAGCGUUAGUGCUGCAGCAUUGCUGUUGAUUUUGGCAUGUAUUUACAGCAAUACAGUCGGCAAAAAUAUUAGCAUUGUUUGCUGUAA